AUGCCGGGGGGCGUAGGUGGAUGCACCGGUGGGCUGAGAAAAGCAAAUCCAAAAGAGAGAGAGAGAGAGAGAGAGAGAGAGAGAGAGAGAGAGAGAGAGAGAGAGAGAGAGAGAGAGAGAGAGAGAGAGGGAGAGAGAGAAACACGGAAUGAGGAAGAGAAGAAGAGAAAAAUAGAGAGAGAGAGAGAGAGAGGGAGAUAA